CUCCAGCAGACAGAGGCAGAUCAGUCAAGGUGUAGACAUGGUGCAGCUGAACUGUUGGGGAGACAGCUCCAGUGGACAGUACGGUCCACAGACCGCCCUCAGCCCGGUGUCCUGGACGCUUCCCGGGGUGAUCACCGACAUCUGCUGCGGGGAGCAGCACACUUUAUUCCUCACCAGGGAUGGAGGCGUUUUAUCAUGUGGACACAACUCACAGAGACAGCUUGGACGAAAGAAAUGUAAAGACGGAAGGACACCAGGUCGUGUGGAGGGGCUGGGUGAUGUGGUGUCGAUGGCUUGUGGCCAGGACCACAGUCUGGCGGUGUCUGCAUCUGGACACGUGUUCUCCUGGGGGGCUGAAGGGGAUGGACAGCUAGGCAUACCACCACACCAACUGUGCAACAGUCACAGACCGAAUCGGGUGCCCAUACCAAUACCAAUACCGGUGAUUCAGGUUGCUUGUGGAAACUCCCACUCACUGGCACUGACUAAAGGAGGAGAUGUCUACUCGUGGGGUUUGAACAGUCAUGGUCAGCUGGGCCUGGGGAAGGAUGUGUCACUGCAGAACACACCUCUCCUGGUGUGCGCUCUGACCGGUGUAGCAGUGACCCAGAUUUCUGCCGGAGCGACUCACACUAUGUUCCUAACACUCCCAGGCCUGGUGUACUGCUGUGGGGCCAAUCAGUCUGGACAGCUGGGGCUCAACCGGAGGGAUCCAAAGGGCAGGUUCAACAUCUGUAUGGUACCUGCCCUCAGACCUCUAGGUGUCUCCUUCAUAAGCUGUGGAGAGGCGCACUCGGCGGUGUUAACAAAGGAUGGCAAGGUUUUCACUUUUGGAGAGGGGCGCCACGGUCAGCUCGGUCAUAACUCCUCUGCUGAUGAAGUGGGACCCAGACUGGUCGAUGGUCUGGAUGGACUCGCCUCACAGAUUUCAUGUGGCAGACGUCACACUCUGGUUUUGGGCACUUCUGGCCAGCUGUGGGCUUUUGGCAAUGGGGCCAAAGGUCAAAUUGGGACUGGAAGACCAGAGGACAGUUUGAUUCCCACUCUGGUACAGCUUCCGUGGACCACUGACAGCGCAGCAGUCGUACCCGAAAACCUGAAAAUAUCGACCAGGUGGAAUACAAACUUCGCUUAUGCUUCACCUACACAGAGAUUGGAACGAGGACAGAUAACUGGGCGGCUGGAUGAGACAAAACUACAAAAAUGGUUGACAAUGAAACACAGCAAUGAAGCGGCAAAGAGAGAAAUAUGUUUGAUGUUUUUGACAAGUUCAAGUCUUGUUGCAAGUUUCACAAAGGCAAAUGGGUCUCCAUCUAAAGCAGGUGCCUUAACUGUGGACCUUGAGGCAGCUAGCCGAGCUUUCGACCAGCUGCUGGCAAUACCAUGGAUCAAACAAUCAGUAGACCUUAAAGUCCUGAUUGAUUUGCUUUUCGCUUCAAGCACUGCACUUAAAUCACCAGAGAUCAUCCUGAUUCUGCUGACGUGUCCCCUUCUCCAACAAGACUCUCAUGUCAUAAACUGGGUGCUGCCUUUGGCUGUCGUUAUCACAGAGCAGAAUGAGAAGAAUCAGAUGACCCUAAAAGACUGGUGGUCUUCCCUGGCACCCUCCAUGCUAAUGAAUCACAUCAUGGUGUUCAAAAACGCUCUGGCCUUCAUGCUAAAAAGUGGCCUCUUGCUAACUCACAACCCAGGAGUCAGAUACCUGCUGGAAGUCCUCAAGCUGCUCUACAAAGCAAACAAAGUUGGAAAGUCCUACAAACUCCCACUGAGCACCUUUUACGUGGAGGAAAUCAGCAGUUGUGUGCAGCCAGUUGAGGACAUCACUCUUUGGAAAACGUUUUCUAAAUUGGAGGAUGACAAGAACACUCCUGCCAUUUUCUGCCGGUACCCGUUCCUUUUCAAUCUGGUUUGCAAGGUUGCGAUCUUUAACAUCUUUGCACACAUAACAAAGACAGCGCAAAGGUUCAUUCAUGAAUGGUCUUUGGCGUGGCCUAAUGAAAUGUUGAUAGAUUGUCCAGACGCUGCCCCGGCUCCGGUCUUCCAGCUAACUCUGAGACGAACUCACCUGGUCGAGGAUACCUUCAGACAGCUCAGUGCAGCCGACCACUGCGCCUUCAAAAGGGAGCUUUUGGUGCAAUUUGUGGAUGACCGUAAGGUGAUGAAUGUUAACAAAAAGGACCUCUUCCUGCAUUUGUUUGAUGAGCUGAUGGCUCCAGAGUCUGAGAUGUUCAUGUACAAUGAGAGGAAAACUCUGGCCUGGUUCCCUUCCAAGCCAAUAGUGGAGGAGAAGACUUACUUCUUGUUUGGCGUUCUGUGCGGCCUGGCUCUCUUCAACCACAACAUUGUCCACAUGCCCUUCCCACUGGUUCUCUUCAAGAAGCUGCUCAGAGUCAAACCCUCGCUGGAUGACAUGAGGGAGUUUGAACCUGGGGUUGGAGAGUGUUGCCGGUGCAUGCUGGAGGACUACACGCCUGAAGAAGUCCAAAUCAUGGAGACUACUUUCACUGUGUCCUGGGGUGGAGAGACUGUUGAGCUUGAUCCGACAGAAACUGAAAAACCUGUCACAGCGUCAAACAAGAAAGAGUUUGUUGCUGCCUAUGUCGACUAUGUCUUCAACAAAUCAGUGGAGGGAGUGUUCGAAGAGUUCAAGAGAGGGUUCUUCAAGGUGUGUGAUAUCGACGUGGUGGACUUCUUCCAGCCAGAAGAGUUGCAGGCGGUGAUGGUGGGCCAAGAAAACUACGACUGGGAGAUGUUCAAGCAGAACACAGUUUAUGAAGGAGUCUACAAUGCUGAGCAUCCAAACAUCGUGACCUUCUGGGAGGUGUUUCAGGAACUGACAGAAGAGGAAAAGAAGAAAUUCCUUUUGUUCCUCACAGGCUGCGACCGUGUGCCCUUCCUGGGUAUGGAGAGCAUCAAGAUGACAGUCGCCGUCCUGCCUGACUCCAGUGAUCGCCACUUGCCAGAAGCGCUCACCUGUCAUCUUCUGUUGUUACUGCCCAUCUACCAGAGAUACCCGGUCGAGAGGAUAAUGCAGACCAGGCUUCUUCAGGCCAUUAAUCACAACAGAGGCUUCUGGAAAACAGAGAAUACAGAGUGAAGUUAGGAAGGCUUCUUUAGAAACACUUCAGUAAGGUUUGGGUUAGUUUACUAGUGUUACGUUAUAAAGGGACCUAACAGAAGUAGAUCAGCAGCCUAUGUGCUGUCAUUUAGUAGUUUGAGAAAAUGGGCAGUAAUACGUGUAUUUGUGUUUUAAUUUCACUUGAUAGCACUCGCACAUAUUAUAUGUUGAGGUCUUGUGUUACAAGUUAGAAUAAAUGUUUCCACAUAUAACCAGGAUGGAAGGGUCAAAAAUAAAUAAAUAAAUCACAACAGAGAUAAUAAACAGGGACAGAAUGCAUUAAUAAAAUCACUGGUUUUUAGUACCCACAUCAUGUGGACGGAUAUUGGACAUUUUCAACUGCCAUUGCUUUCAGCCUCUGCUUCGAUCCAUCCUACUGAGAUGAUUAUUUAACUUAUUUCCCACUUUAUAUCAUGACAUUAUUAACAUUAAGUAUUCAUUCUGUCCAUGUUAUACAAGCUUAAGCAGAUGUUUUGUUUGUGCAAAAAACUUUGUAAUUGAAGAAAAAGUUGUACCUGAAUAAUCUACGAAAUAAAUGUUUUUCUAUGCAA